CAGACAUGGGAAAGGAUUUCUACAAAAUCCUGGGUGUUGGGAGGACUGCCACUCUGCACGACAUCAAGAAGGCCUAUCGGAAGCUUGCAAAACGCUACCACCCCGACAAGAACAAGAGCCCGGAUGCGGAGGAAAAGUUCAAGGAGCUGGGCAAAGCCUACGAGGUCCUCAGCGACAAGGAGAAGCGGGACAAGUACGACAAGUCUAGCAAGGAGGCGCCCGAGGACAACGGCGGAGGAGGCUUCGGCCCGGGGCGUCCAGGAGGCUCCGGCCCCGGGCGUCCCGGAGGCUCCGGCCCAGGGCGUCCAGGAGGCUUCGGCCCCGGGGGUCCCGGAGGCUUCGGCCCCGGGGGUCCCGGAGGCUCCGGCCCCGGGGGUCCCGGAGGCUCCGGCCCCGGGGGUCCCGGAGGCUCCGGCCCCGGGGGUCCCGGAGGCUCCGGCCCCAGGGGUCCAGGAGGCUCCAGCCCCAGGGGUCCAGGAAACCAGUCUUACACGUUCACCUCUCACAGCGACCCAAUUACCACGUUUCUUGAUUGGUGCUUCAACGGAGAAUACUUUUUAACGAAACUUUGGGUGACCGCAGCCGCUGCAGGGGCAAUCACAAUUUACCUGAUCGAAAAGGAGAAAACGCCUCCUCAAACCAGUGGCGGAUCCAAAGGAGGGGCCCGGGGGGCCGGAGCCUCCCUCUAAACAA